GCCCCGCCGGCCGGGUUUACUCAUCCCCGCGAGGUGAUCCCAGGCUCGAGGGCGGGCGCAUGGCGUCCGGAGAACCCAGUAAUCCGAGAAUGCGGCAUCAGCCCUUCCCACCAGGCACUUCCUUCCUUUUCCCGAACGUCCAGGGAGGGAGGGCCGCGCACUUAUAAACUCGAGCCCGGGCGGAACGGCAUGUCAGAGGCUGCCUCGUUGGGGCGGCGCGCCGUGGCCAGAAGCGUUUGGGCUGGGACGGACACAAGCGACUGUCACCAGCGGCACCCUGCGCCCCUCUGCUCCGGCCCGGCCCUGUCGCAGCGCCAGUGCUUUCCCCGGCGCCUGCACCCGGCGCACCUGGGCAACAUGCUCGGGGUCCUGCUCCUCGGCUUGCUGGCCCCAGCCGGCCUGGGGUUCCCGACACCCGCAGAACCGCAACCCGGUGGCAGCCAGUGUGUUGAGCACGACUGCUUCGCACUUUUCCGGGGCCCUGCGACCUUCCUCGCUGCUAGCCAGAUCUGCGAGCGCCUCCAGGGACACCUGAUGACCGUGCGCUCCACAGUGGCUGCCGAAGUCAUCUCCCUGCUGCUGAGUGGCGACGGCGGUGAUGGCCCGCGCCUCUGGAUCGGCCUGCAGCUCCCAGCCGGCUGCAGCGACCCCGCGCACCUCGGGGUCCUGCGCGGCUUCCAGUGGGUAACGGGGGACAAUGGCACCAGCUACAGCAGGUGGGCGCGGCUCGACCGCUAUGGGGCGCCCCUCUGCGGCCCGCUGUGCGUCGCUGUCUCCGCGGCUGGGGCCCCCGCGCCCAGCGAGCCGGCCUGGGAGGAGCAGCAGUGCGACGCCGAGGCCGAUGGCUUCCUCUGCGAGUUCCACUUCCCAGCUUCCUGCAGGCCCCUGGCGGUGGAGCUCGGCGCCCUGGCGGCUGCCAACGUCUCGAUUACCUACAGCACCCCGUUCGCGGCCCGUGGCGCGGACUUUCAGGCGCUGCCAGUGGGCAGCUCCGCCGCGGCGGCGCCCCUUGGCUUGGAGCUGAUGUGCGCGGCGCCGCCCGGAGCGGCCGAGGCGCGCUGGGGCCGGGAGGCGCCAGGAGCCUGGCACUGCGGCGUGGAGAAUGGCGGCUGCGAGCACGCGUGCAACGGGAGCGCUGGGACGCCCCGCUGCCUCUGUCCGCCUGACGCCGCCCUGCAGGCCGACGGGCGCUCCUGCGCCACACCUGCCGAGCAGUCUUGCGAUGACCUCUGCGAGCACUUGUGCUUCCGCAACCCCGACGUGCCGGGCUCCUACUCUUGCAUGUGCGAGACCGGCUACAAGCUGGCGGCCGACCAGCACCGGUGCGAGGACGUGGACGACUGUUUGCUGGACGACAGUCCGUGCCCGCAGCGUUGUGUCAACACGCAGGGUGGCUUUGAGUGCCACUGCUUUCCCGGCUACGAAUUGGUGGACGGCGAGUGCGUGGAGCCCGUGGACCCGUGCUUCAAAGCUGACUGCGAGUACCAGUGCCAGCCCGUGGGCCAGACUAACUACAGCUGCGUCUGCGCCGAGGGAUUCGUGCCCAAGCCACAGGAGCCUCACAGGUGCCAGAUGUUCUGCAACCAGACUGCAUGUCCGGCCGACUGCGACCCCAACACCCCGGGUAGCUGCAGGUGCCCCGAAGGCUAUAUCCUGGAUGAGGGUUCCAUGUGCACAGACAUCGACGAGUGCGACAACGACUACUGCCCCGCCGGGGGCGAGUGCCGCAACCUCCCUGGCAGCUACGAGUGUAUUUGUGGGCCCGACUCGGCCCUGGCUGGUCAGGUUAGCACCAACUGCGACCCCAUCAAGGUGAGUGAGGACGAAGACGGCGGCUCUGGGGAGCCCCCGGCCAGCCCGACGCCCAGCUUGACGCCCAGCUCCACCUCAGGUCCCCCGUCCGCGGGGCAGGUGCAUUCAGGUGUGCUCAUGGGCAUCUCCAUCGCGAGCCUGUCGCUGGUGGUGGCGCUUUUGGCACUCCUCUGUCACCUGCGCAAGAAGCAGGGCACCGGGCGGGCCAAGAUGGAGUACAAGUCCGCCGCCCCCGCCAAGGAGAUGGUGUUGCAGCAUGUGCGGACCGAGAGGACGCCACAGAGACUCUGAGGGGCUCCCGCCCUCCCGCAGCCGGCAUUGGCGUCGCCUUUGCCUCCCCCCUGUGCCCGCCGGGGCCCCAGCUUUACUCCCUGUCUACCCAAAAGCACUUUAGCUGGCGUUAGAGCUGGAGAAGACCCUCCUCCAUCCUCCCCAAGCUGUUUUCGCUGAUUCCGUGCCUCGCUGGGGAGGAGGUGUUUGGAAGGGGGUUGAGAAGCCCCAACCUCUUCCAGGACGUCACGGGACAGCUGGGCAGAAAUGGCGAUUUUACAGGAAAGACACAGACUGCGUAGUGUACCCACCCUCAUCACAAGGCACAGGAGGGGUGAGCGUUUUUUGUAGGCGGCCUUUUGGGCAAACCUUGACCCAGUGGGCUAGUGAUGACUAAGAUAUUUAUUUUUUUAAGUAUUUAGGAAUUUUUUCCUUUGCUCCCCCUCCCCAUUUUUCCCUACCUGUAAGUCUCCAGUCCCCACUUUACACACACUCCUCCUCCCCCUCUGUAGAGAGAUACACACUCCCACUUGUCCUGUGGCAGUUUAAUUACCUUGGUGAAUUUUUUUCCCCCCAGCCCUCUAAAAUGUAUGAAGCAAGCCCCAUUUCUCCCCUCAUUCCUCCCAGGAACUGGACCCACUCACCUAGGACACGUUACCUGUGCGUGGCCCUACUUCUUCUCCCCUUCGCUGUCUGCCCAGGCAGAACUCCUAUGUGAAACACAAACAAAAACACUAAAAAUGAAAGUAGUUGGUCAUUUGCUCUUUCACCAGAUUUGCUAACUUAUCCUGAAAUUUCAGGUUGCCAGAGCAAAAUAAUUUUAAGAAAGGUUAAGAUGCAAAAGGUAUUAAUUAAAUUAAUGUUGCUGGACUAUCAUAGAAAUUAAACCGAAGGAGUUUUUUAUUUUUAUUUUAUAAACAGUGAGCCUGAGUUUUGUUGUUGUUGUGUUGUUGUUGUUGUUGUUUUGAUUUGGACUGAAAAAUAGUAAUAGUUGUCAAGCUUCUUAUGCAGUUUCCUUUAUUAUUAUUAUUAUUCCUUAUUUUUGACAGUGUUGAAAAUGUUCAGAUGGUUGCUCUAGAUUGAGAUAAAAGGGAAACAUCUCCCAGGAGACAGUUUAAGAACAUUUGAGCUGCGUGAUUCAUGCCAAUUAUCCGUUGACUUGCACUGUUCUUGUCACUUUGUAGACCAAAAUAAAACCAGCUUUACUGGUUUUGCGGAAUUGGGAGCUGGGGAAUGCAGCCUGGAGGAGGCCCCAUUAGGGCCACCUUAAUCAGGUCCUUGGGGAAAUUCUCCCAUUUCAGAGUGGACUUCAAGCCCUGCCGUUGGAAUGUGGUCCCUAAAUAAGAAUUGGAAGCUACCCAUGGGAGCUGGUUAGAAAUGCAGGAUCCUAAGUUCCACCCCACCUAAUUCAUGAGAAUCUAUAUUUUAACAAGAUCUGCAGGGGACUUGUCUGCCCAGUAAUUUGAGGAUAACUGUUCCAGACGGCUUCCAAUUUUCUGGAAUACAUUAAAUAUGAAUCAGUAAUAAGUAGCAGGCCAACUCAGGCCCUUUAUUUUCAAGAAACUGAGGAAUUUUCACUGUACAGCUUUGCUUUCUGGUAGAAAAGAAAGUACACUGCUACACAAGGUCCAGAAGAUCUUUGGUUCAACUAAGCUAGGCAUGGAAUUAUGCUUCAGUGUAUGGAAACAAAUGUAUUGUAUAAAUGUAUCUUUUGUAAGGCAAAGGUUUUCCUCUAUUAUUUUGUAAACUCAACAUAUUUGUACAUAGUUAUUUAUUUAUUGGAGAUAAACUAGAACACAGGCAAAACCCUUGCUUAUGAUGUCACUUGUACAAAAUAAACAAAUUUCAGUGUG